UGUCAAUCAGGAUAUGAGGAAAGUAGGAAUUCUUCUACACAAAAGGAAAGAAAUCUGGCAGUGCCAAAAGAAAAAUAAAGUACAUCUAUGAUCUGCCCCUCCACAGAUCCCUUUCCUAAUAUGUAUAUCCCAGUGAUGCUCUGCUAAUCUACAGGGGAUGUCUAGAAAGGUAUUCAUCACAUCAGUGUUGAUAAUAACCAGGAGGAGGAGGCAAUCAAAUGUCCUUCACAAGUGGAACUGGGGAUCAUGGACAUUGAAGCAUAUUUUGAAAGAAUUGGCUAUAAGAACUCUAGGAACAAGCUGGACUUGGAAACAUUAACUGACAUUCUUGAGCACCAGAUCCGAGCUGUUCCCUUUGAGAACCUUAACAUGCAUUGUGGGGAAGCUAUGGAGUUGAGCUUAGAGACUAUUUUUGAUCACAUUGUAAGAAGAAACCGGGGUGGGUGGUGUCUCCAGGUCAAUCAACUUCUGUACUGGGCUCUGACCACAAUCGGUUUUCAGACCACAAUGUUAGGAGGGUAUGUUUACAUCCCUGCAGCUAACAAAUACAGCACUGGCAUGAUUCACCUUCUCCUGCAGGUAACCAUUGAUGGCAGGAACUACAUUGCUGAUGCUGGGUUUGGAAGCUCCUCCCAGAUGUGGCAGCCUCUGGAAUUAAUUUCUGGGAAGGAUCAGCCUCAGAUGCCUUCCAUUUUCCGCUUGACAGAAGAGAAAGGAAUCUGGUACCUGGACCAAAUCAGAAGAGAGCAGUAUAUUCCAAACGCAGAAUUUCUUAAUUCUGAUCUCCUGCCAAAGACGACAUACCAAAAAAUGUACUCUUUUACGCUUGAACCUCGAAAAAUUGAAGAUUUUGAGUCUAUGAAUACCUACCUGCAAACGUCUCCAACAUCUGCAUUUACAACCACAUCAUUUUGUUCCUUGCAGACCCCAGAAGGGGUUCGCUGUUUGGUGGGCUUCACCCUCACCUAUAGAAUAUUCAAUUAUAAAGACAAUACAGAUCUGAUCGAGUUUAAAACUCUGAUUGAGGAAGACGUUGAAGAAGUGCUGAAAAAUAUAUUUAAGAUUUCCUUGGGGAGAAAGCUCGUGCCCAAACCUGGUAAUGGAUCCUUCACUAUUUAGAAUAAGGAACAAAAUAAACCCUUGUAUAUGUAUCACCCAACUCACUAAUUAUCAACUAAUGUACAAUCACAUAUCCUCUCUACCCUCACAUUAUUUUGAAGAAAAUCCUAGACAUCAAAUAGUUUCAUCCAUAAAAUACCAGCAUUUAUUGAAAAACAAUAACCUUUUAAAGAAACAUAAGGACACAUUUUCAAACUGAUAAAAAUAAAGGCAUUUUAAGGAUGGCAUGUGAUUAUCUUGGGAAGCAGAGUGAUUCAUGUUAGAAAACAUUUAAUAUUGAUUUAUUGUUGAAUUCGUAGUAAAUUUUUACUGGUAAAUGAAUAAAGAAUAUUGUGGAAAAA